AUGACAAAGGAAUUCCGCAUAGUCAACGAACCGAAAUUCAUGGAUGAGUACAUCCCAGCAGGAAUCUUUGGAGGCCUUACAUUUCAGGAUGUGGAAAUAAGUUGGCACCAUCCACCAUCACACCAGUCUCAGCGCAAUGCAUUUCCCCUUAAGAAAAUCCCCCCUAUGGCAAUCCUUCCAUUUCAAAACAGUCUAGUGAAUCUCACCAUUCAAUCUGGGAAUUUAGAAGACUUCCCAUUCCAUAGUCUUCAUGCAUUCAAGUUUCUGAAAUAUCUCGACCUCUCCUGGAAUUCAAUAACUUCAGUCCCAACCCUCAAGAGCGAGAGCAUCUUGAUACUGCAUCUUCGGAAUAACAAGAUUACUCGAUUGGAG